GAGACCUGAGCUCCACGUUUCUCCUUAAGCAGCCAGUCAGAGCUGUCUGGGAAGCUGAACACAUCUGACUGAUCUGGACAAGACAAGGUUCUUCAACAAUGAUGGAUGUAAUGACUGCUUCUUACUAUUACAGCAAUGACACAGAUAUAACCAACAAUGACUCCUUGUACGGCGAUUACGAAUAUAGGGAUGAUCAUGGCUACAAAGAUGAGCCCACUAAGCUGAGGCAGUCCCUCAACAUCAUGUCCCUCAUCGUCUACUCUCUGGCCUUCGUGCUGGGCGUGCUCGGGAAUGGAGUGGUUAUCUGGGUGACCGGCUUCAAGAUGAAGAAAACGGUCAACACAGUUUGGUUCCUUAACCUGGCAAUGGCUGACUUCCUCUUCACGGCAUUCCUGCCUCUGAGCGUGACGUACACAGCCAUGGACUUCCACUGGCCGUUUGGCAAGUUCAUGUGCAAGCUGAACACCACCAUCAGCUUCCUGAACCUGUUUGCCAGCGUCUACAUUCUGGUGGUGAUCAGCGUGGACAGAUGUGUGUCUGUUGUGUGGCCCGUCUGGGCUCAGAACCACAGGAACACACGCAAAGCCUCUUGCAUCAGUCUGUGCGUUUGGGCAUUGGCUUUAAUCCUCAGCACUCCAUAUUUUGUCUUCAGGGACACUGGGCCGUCGUACGAGGAUGAGAAGAUCAUCAACUGCUUCAACAACUUUGCUCUGUCUGACGACAGUGAAAGUCAAUCCAUGGCCGCGCUGCAACUUUUCCGCCACAAGGCCAUGACCAUUACACGCUUUCUCCUAGGCUUCGUCAUCCCCUUCACCAUCAUCGUCUCCUGCUACGCCAUCAUAAUCCACCACCUCAGACGAAACCGCACGCUGGCCAGCCAGUCAAGUCGUCCUUUCAAGAUAAUUGCUGCCAUCAUCAUCACGUUUUUCCUGUGCUGGGCUCCCUAUCACAUUCUGGGCCUGAUUGAGAUGGUGAACCACAUGAGAAAUCACUCAAGCGUGACGAUGAGCCACAUCCUCAUAAUCGGAAGCCCGAUCGCCACGAGCCUGGCCUUUCUCAACAGCUGCCUGAACCCACUGCUGUACGUGUUCAUGGGUCAGGACUUCAAGGAUAAAGUCCGCAAAUCCAUCCUGAAGGUGCUGGAGAACGCCUUCCAGGAGGAGGUGUCCCGCUCUUACACCUACACAAACUCAAUGGUCACUAUUCGGAGCAAAGACAAGUCGGUCUCUGACGCUGAUGUGUGAGGCUUUCACGAACACUUUACCUGUACAAUGUAAAUGCUACUGUAUAUAUCAAAUAGCUUUUUAUUUCCCAACCAUUUCUUCUACUUUGCUUUUAAUAUUGUUUUACAACAUCUCAGAAUGUAAUCUCCAUUCCUUGUCUAGUUUGAUUUUAUGUUGGAAAGAAUUCAUUUAACCAUUUAGGCCGAAUCACACUUCAUGCAAUUCCCUACUGUGAAAGAUGUUGGGCUGUAAAAUCUGAAAAAAAGAACCAAAUGUAUGCAACCUUUUGCUCAAACAAAGAAAAACAGCUAGUUUUUCAUGGAGCUAAAACAGUGACAGCUUGCAGCGAUAUUGAAAAGAAAUUUGGCAUUGUCAAAUGAAACAUUGAAAAAUCACUUGCAAUGACAUCGAAAAAGAGAUUUGGCAUUGAAAAAUUAGAGAUGGAAAA